AUGACCUUCCCCAAAAAAGAUAUCCCUUGCCUUUCUUAUCAUCAUGCAAAUAUUAUAUCCUUCAAAGCCUUCGGAACCCUGCUCCAGAGUUAGCUCAAGAUUCGCUGCACGGUCGCUCGUUCAGCGAUCCUCAAGUUUUUCUCUUUCUCUGGGAUACCAAAGUGGGUAGUUGGUCAAAAACACCAUACGCAAAGACGGAGCGCAUCAAAGACACAUUAAAUCCGUGUUCGUCAACGCAUUCAAUUGACUAUCGUUUCGAGACAGAGCAACGUCUUAGAUUUGCUGUCUAUGAUAUUGAUGACAAAAACAGCGACAAAUUUUCGGAUCAGGAUUACCUUGGAGAAGCCACUGUCGACUUGGCUUCCAUUGUGACGGCACGUGGAGGUCAGAUAGGGUUCAAAUUCAUUGCUUCAAUGGGUACGAUCAUUAUUCAAGCUGAGGAACUGAAGUCUUCUAAAACGUAUUCAGCGCGGAACGAGAACGGGACAUAUUCGCCUGUAUACGAUCCAAGGUGCGGGAAGAUGACGAUGAAUCCUAUUUGGGAUCCAUUUUCAAUCAAGGAGAGUGUUCUUAACAAUGGAGAUCCUAAUAGAUCAUUACGAAUCCAGGUCAUGAGCCACAAGGAAAAUGGAACCCAUACAAUCAUUGGAACGACGCCUGUUUUCACGACUGCGGAUUUGAGCCGUUACAGCUUUCCCCACACAGUCCCUAUCCCGCCUAUGACAGGAACAUCUUCAUUGACUAUUACCAACUUUUCUAUUACAACUCCACCAUCAUUCAUGGAUUUCAUGAUUGCGGGCGGGACUAUAGGUCUGAUAGUUGCAAUUGAUUUCACUCAGAGCAACGGUGAUCCUCAAAAUCCAAGUUCGCUACAUUUCAAGUCUCCCACAGGCGACAAUGAGUAUACUCGGGCAAUCCGCAGUGUGGGAAACAUUCUGCAGUUCUAUGAUUCAGAUAAAAAUUUCCAGAUUCAAGGCCAAGUCAACCAUGCCUUUCCGCUAAAUGGCAACCCAAGCAACCCUGAAGUUAAUGGCGUAGAAGGUAUCCUCAAUGCAUAUUGGAAUGCUCAUUCGUUCGUUGAAUUGUGGGGCCCAACGAACUUUACGCCUGUGAUUUCUGAGGCCACAACGAUUGCCAAGAAUAGUGAGCCCUACAAUUAUACUGUUCUUCUGAUCCUCACAGAUGGAGCCAUUACUGAUAUGAAUGACACUAUUAGCGCGAUUCAGAAAGCAAGCAAACACGCAAUAUCGAUCAUCAUUGUUGGCGUCGGAAAAGCAGAGUUUGGAAAGAUGGACGCUCUGGACGGAGACGUUGAAACUUCUUCUGUUCGCAGCAAAAAGAGCCGUGAUAUCGUCCAGUUUGUGGCCGCACGUGACUUCCCUCCUCACCUUGAGUAUGGACUUGCGCAAGCAUUGUUGGCGGAGCUUCCAGAUCAGUUUGUGGCGUACAUGACCAUAAAUAAUAUUAAACCUCCGCCGGUUGUCCUCGGGUCUGUCCCCAUGCCUAUGGGUUCACACAUGGUUGACACUGUUCCUACACAUCCUAUGAUUGCACCAGGUCGGUAUCCUCCGUCAACUAUAUAUCCACCACCCUUUAUGUCCGGAGCUUCAGGUUACGCUCCAGGAUAUCCUUCUCCAGCCGGGCCACCACGUCCUGAUUUUUACCCUAGUCGUUCUCCUUCGCCAGUUUUCCGAGCUUAUGGUACUAGUCCACCUACGCAUAUCAACCAUCCAAGUCAUGAGAAUUCUGCACAAUCUCUUCAGCAACCACGAGCUCCUGGUGCCCCACAGACUGCCCUGCCCUCCGAUGAGGCAAAUGGCAAGCAUUAGCCAAGUCAAGAGCGAUUCAUCCAAGGCCUUGUAACUCUAGUAUCUUAAACUGCAUCUUUCCAAUAAUAAGUAGG